UGAUACACCUUCCCUCAGAUGCAAGUAACUAGUAAAUAUAACCCAUCCUUAGUGAAUAAAUAUUACUGAGGCGAUUUGCAAACCAUUUAAAGUGUUUAACUACUUUGUGUGGGAGAUCAACAGUGGACAAUCAAACUUAACAGGUGGUCAUGGCUAACUGUGGAGUGGAAGGUUGGAAAACAACUCCUGGUAAACAACUCCUGGAAACCACCUGUCAAACAUUUGAGGAGAACCCUUCUUCAAGUUGUUUUGGAGACGUUUAGAUCCGUAGAAGGAUCAUACAAAGGUUGGGAAGGAAAGCAUGAGAUGGAUGACAUCCAAGUUGCCCCAAAAGCAGCCCUGCUUGUUGACAGGGAAUUGCCAGGGUUGAGAGCAGCUGUUGCGCAACUUGUGAUAAAGGAGCACGAUGUGGAGACUCCCCAUGGAAGGAUCCACUGCACCAUGAAGGGGAUGCCCAAAGGAGACCGGCCCGUCAUCCUCACCUUCCAUGACAUUGGACUGAACCACAAGACAUGCUUUGACUCCAUGUUCCAGCAUGAGGACAUGCAGGAGAUCAUGCAGCACUUUGCUGUGUGCCACGUCGAUGCCCCUGGGCAGCACGAGGGGGCCAACACUUUCUCUACUGGGUACGAGUACCCCUCCAUGGAUCAGCUGUCUGAGUCCCUCCCCCUGGUCCUCAAGCAUUUUGGCCUGAAAAGCAUAAUUGGAAUAGCCGUCGGAGCUGGAGCCUACAUCCUGGCGAGAUUCGCUCUGGACUACCCAGCAUUGGUGGAAGGCCUGGUUCUGGUUAACAUCAACCACUGUGCUGAGGGAUGGAUGGACUGGGCUGCAAACAAGGUCACUGCUUUGCCCGAAAUGCUCAUCGGACAUCUCUUCGGAAAGGAGGAAAUAUCCAACAACCAUGACCUUAUCGCCACCUACCGCCAUCACAUCAUGAAUGACAUGAACCAGUACAACCUGCACCACUUUGUCAAAGCUUACAACAGCCGGCGGGAUCUGGAGAUUGAGAGGCCCAUUCCUGGUGGGAAAGUCUCCGUCAGAACCCUGAAGUGUCCUUCUCUGUUGGUGGUAGGAGACAGCUCUCCGGCUGUUGAUGCUGUGGUAGAGUGCAAUACUAAGCUGGACCCGACAAAGACCACACUGCUCAAGAUGGCGGAUUGCGGAGGCCUGCCCAUGGUUGACCAGCCUGCAAAGCUGACAGAGGCCUUCAAGUACUUCAUUCAAGGAAUGGGCUACAUGCCCGCCGCCAGCAUGACCAGACUGGUCCGCUCUCGCACUGCCUCCGGCUCCAGCAUCCACUCCAUGGAUGGCAACAGGAGCCGGUCUCACACCAACGAGGGAAACAGGAGCCGGUCACACACCAACGAGAAGCGUGGCCGCUCCCACACGGACAGUAUGGAAGGCACAGCGAACAGCAGCACUGCGCUCAAGUCCACCGAAGUGUCCUGCUAGAUGACUCAUACAUGACACUCAACCUUUAACCUCUGGCCCCCUGUUUCCUGCUGCGCUACCACUAACCACACCUACUCAACUAGAGAAUGUCUCUAUGCCAAAGAGUUAUGCGAAGAGGUUGUGUGUGUAAGGCUAUGCAAGUAUAUACUACUGCAUUAUGAAGGAAAUUCCUUAGAGGGAAAAACGUAUUUUGAAAUAAACAGAUCCCUUCCCAUCUGCCGAGUCAGGUGGAAUAUCUAGUUGUUAGUGGCAACGCAGCAGAGUGACACAGCGCAACGGAGAAUGUGGGAGAAAGCUGUGGCUGCAGAACCAGUACUUAGUACAGCAGUUUGUUUAAAUCUAUCAUGACAGUUUUUUUCUUUUUUGUCUAUAGUUCUUUAUUACAUAUGACACAGCUUUCUCAAAUGUGUACCUGACUAUAAAUGACUUUCUAAUUGUUCAUCGUUAACUUUUAAAUGUUAUGAUUAAUGUACUGUGGGAUACAGGAGAGAAGUGGCGUGAGAAUAGGUAGGCAAGUGGAUAAAAAAUAAAUAUAUAUGGCGUCUUUUUUAUCUUCUCAAAUUGCUAUUGGUCUUUGAAACUUUGGAAAGGAGGGGAUUGAAAAGUAUCAUGUACAUACAACACAUUCCUGUAAUGAUUCCUCUUUCAGGAUGUCUGUUUCGUCUCGAGUUAACAUUCUUCUGGAUGUAUUGUAGAACAUUUCAUGAGAUUAUCCUUUCAUUAAUCAAACAAACGCAUACUGUUGCUUUAUUAACAGAUCAUGGCUUCAGGCACAAUUGUUCUUUUGGAUAUUUCUUGUGUAAAUGAUUAUUUCUAUGAAAUCACGGCAAACAAAGAAAAUGUGCCAUGGAAACGUAUAAGGCUCAUUUGUUGUGAUGGAUUUGAGAAAGUCAAGCCGAUCCACAUGAUGUAAUAUAAAGAUCCGAGUUAGCCAUAGAGCUUAUCAAAAACCCUCCCUCUUACGUGCACUACAGCAACACUUGCCGGCGCCGUAGAACACCGGACUACAUCGCUUUAUAAAGAUGCAUAACUGCCUAAUGCUGUAGAUGAGAAGCAUUAAAUAUAGCAUGUAUUUAUUAAAAACCGAUAACUUUU